AUGGCCUCGACGCUGGCCUGCGGCUUCUGCGGCGCGGAGCUCACGAGCGCCGAGCCAUACUCGCGAUAUGACCCGCUGCAUGCGAAGCACGGUCCCGCUGCGGAGACGUAUGUGCCUCCUGCCACGGAGGCUCGCAUCCGCUCCCUUCAGCAGCAGAUUGGAAAGGCCCACGCUGCGGGAAAGUACGACGAGGCACGCCUCGCUGCAGCCGAGUGCCGCGAGCUCGCACGCUCUCUUUUUGGCCCCGACCACCCGGUCAGCGCGAGUGCCGUCAACAACCUAGCGCUCGUACACCGCUCGCUCGGCGAGAGAGAGCGCGCGACGGCGCUCUACCGCGAGGCGCUGGUGCUUUACCGCCGUUCGGUCGGCGCAGAGCACCAGAGCACCGCCACG